AUGUCCUCGUCCAAAAGACUGUUCUCGCUCAACCCCUCAUGGCACCACUAUCUGGCGUUGUCCACCGGAGCGUUCGCCAUAUUGGCAGGGAUAUUACACUAUAUCAUUUCCGGCCGAGCAGAUCCACUGCAUUGUAAUUCCCUGCUUACUAGAGGCACCUGGUUGGAUGAGAGCCACCACAACUGGCAACCUGAGGGUUGUAUGCUACAUGCAUACAAGUCGAAGGAUACCACACCUUGCCUGGCUUCCAGACGCGUCAUCUUUAUUGGCGACUCCGUAACGCGCGCCUUAUAUUUUCAUUUUAUGAAUAUUGUCGAUCCGAAGCUCCCAAAUGCUCCUCUUGAUGACGACCACAAGCAUUCGAAUUAUUCAUACACUUCAGAAUCGGCAUCAACCCUGGACUUUUUCUGGGAUCCGUAUUUGAAUACAUCUGGCACUCUUUCUCUCAUUCAUGGUCACUUGCCUUCCAGUGACAUCGAUGACCGUCCUGCUAUGCUUGUCCUAGGUUCGGGCCUGUGGUACCUGCGUUAUACCCAUACUACCGGUGGCCUCUCUGCCUGGGAAGCGAAUAUGGAGAAUCUUUUGGAGUCUGUAUCUGCAGCAGAGAUAAAGCCGGCAGAUGAAGUGGUGAUUCUUCCCGUGCAGGACAUUGUACCUUCAAAACUCUCUCCAGAACGCGCCGAAACCAUGCACUCCUCAGAUGUAGAUGCGAUGAACUCGGACCUCCACCAUCGCAUUAAUCCACCAUCACCUGCUAUCUAUUCCAUAUUCUCAAGCUCUCCCGCGGCUUUACCCGUUUCUUUUCCACUUGUUUUUAAUAAAAUGCUUGACGACGCUAGCACGCAAGAUGGACUGCAUUUCUCGGACGACAUCGUGAAAGCACAUGCUAACAUCCUCCUUAAUCUGCGCUGCAAUAACAUGUGGUCAAAGACGUCUCCUUUUGACAAGACGUGUUGCCGCGCUUAUCCGUCUCCAUCGUUCUUGCUGCUAGCUAUCCUCGCAGCUGUCGUGGUGCACGGACCAAUUAUGUGGUACUUUGCGUACACUCAAAAUCCAACCAAAGGUAUCUCCUUUGCGGGCGAAUAUAGGCCAGCUGUCAUUUUUGGUUUAUCCGUCGGUUUGAUCUUUAUCGCCGAUCGAACUGGCUUCUGGCUGAAAGAACAAAAACAAUUCACCCCAUGGACCUACGGGUUUCUCAUGCUAUCUUCUCUCGUGGCAGGGCUGUUAACGGUGAAGCGUGCCGACAAAGACAUGGGCUUCUUAAACCGCGAUCAAACUGAUGAGUGGAAAGGUUGGAUGCAAGUCGCAAUCCUUAUAUAUCAUUACAUGGGGGCAUCCAAAAUUUCUGGAAUUUACAACCCCAUUCGCGUGCUGGUCGCGGCAUAUUUGUUCAUGACUGGUUAUGGACACACAACCUUUUAUAUCAAGAAGGCCGACUUUGGCUUUCUGCGUAUUGCUCAGGUACUGGUUCGCAUAAACCUUCUAACGGUAGUCCUGACAUACACCAUGGAUGUCAAUUACCUUUCGUACUAUUUCUCGCCCCUCGUUUCGAUGUGGUAUCUCAUCGUGUACGGAACGAUGGCGAUAGGCUCGCGAUACAACGAUCGCAUGAUCUUUCUCUUAUCGAAGAUUGCGAUCUCGAUGGGCUUGUUCACAUGGUUCAUGACUGAGACAUGGAUGCUGGAGGCCGUAUUCGCGUUUCUAGAGCGGAUAUUCAGCAUCCAUUGGUCUGCCCGUGAAUGGAGUUUCCGAGUAACUCUUGACCUGUGGAUCGUGUAUUUCGGGAUGCUUCUGUCGAUUUUUGUAAUCAAGAUUCAAGCACAUCGACUUACCGACCAUCACCUUUGGCCCGUAGCGGUGAAAGUGGCUGUUGGGACUUCUAUCUCCAUCUUGCUAUGGUUCUUCGGGUUUGAACUCAUGCAAGAAAGCAAGUUUAGCUAUAACGCAUGGCAUCCAUAUAUAUCAUUCUUGCCCAUCGUAGCCUUCAUCACUCUCAGGAACGCAAGCUCUUCCCUUCGUUCGUGCAGCUCUCGGGCUUUCUCUUUUAUCGGGAGGUGUUCUUUGGAGACAUUCAUUAUCCAAUAUCACCUAUGGCUCGCGGGUGACACGAAGGGUAUUCUUGUCAUUAUACCUGGAACACGCUGGCGUCCAAUAAACUUCAUCAUCUCCACGAUCAUCUUCGUCUAUAUCUCCGAUCAUGUUUCCAAUGCCACAGGAGAGCUCACAACGUGGAUUUGCGGAAGCAAAGAAACUUCGCUUCCGACUUCAAGUCGCAACAUCACCCGUCACACAGUGCCAUCAGGUUCCAGCGCAGAAUCCGUUCCCCUCUCCACUGACAUCCACACGAGCAAGGAUGGCGGCAGUCAUCCGACGAAACCCGAUUCACCCGUGCGACCGACGAGACGAUGGGUGGAUAGAUUAGCUGAAGGGACGUCGCCACAGCGUUCCCCAGGCUACAAGGUGUGGUAUGGAGGAUCAGGGUUGAGACUCGGAGUGAAAACGAGGCUAGCAGUGUCGAUGGGACUGAUGUGGUUGGCUAACUCAUUGUGGACAGUUGCGGAUUCGACAUAG